UCGGCGCAAGCCAAUCCGUAAUACAGCUGCGAUUGUGGCUCCGCUUUGAUUUGCACAGAUUACAGAGCAAGUUUGAAAAGUCUAUCUAAUUUUCUGCGGAGUUUCAUUGCAACACGGCACAUUCUGCGUGCUCUCACUCGGUGUGAACGCGCUCUUACCUCAACGCGUGUACGACGCUUUAACGUGUACACAAAGUAGGGACAUCUGGUGGCCUAACGGUACUUCGCGCUCGCCAUAUUGCCGCUGGGCGCUCGCGCUCUGCGGCGCAGGAGCGUCUGCUUGGCAAUUUUCUCUCCGCAGGGCUCCUGCUCGCCGGGCACCUGCAAAUGGCUGCACCGCGUCGAGAUGCACUGCAAUGCAACCCGGGCGGCGAGUGUGCACGUCCAGUGCAAGGCCUAAAUGAGAGCACGGGGCCGGACGGUGCAAGUGCGGAGGGCGCAUUUCUGGCGGCCUGGCGAAGGAGUCCGCGGUUCGCCCAGUGAAGCCUGCGGGACCCUCUGAGCGCGCGUGCGCCCCGUCUGCAAGCGCCGAGAGCGACGGGCGCCCAGCCCACCCCCCAUUUGGAGGAGGAAGUUUGCGUGUGAUGUGCGAUGUGCCCUGCUGAUGCGUUGCUAUGGACUCUACGGAUAACACGGAGGAAAGAGAAGACGAAAAAUGUCCCACCACCUCUCGCGCUGCGACGCCUGACAUCAGCGAGGAUACUUCACUGCCUGACCAAGAGCAAAGCUUCGCGGCGGCCGACUCGAACAGCAGCAGCCCAGCAAAGUCGUUCGUCGCUUGCAAGGUGUGCGGAGAUAAAGCGUCCGGCUACCACUACGGCGUCACCUCCUGCGAAGGGUGCAAGGGUUUCUUCCGAAGGAGCAUCCAGAAGCAAAUUGAAUACCGGUGCCUACGGGAUGGCAAGUGCCUGGUGAUCCGGUUAAAUCGUAACCGUUGCCAGUACUGUCGCUUCAAGAAAUGCUUGGCUGUGGGCAUGUCUAGAGACUCGGUGCGGUACGGGCGAGUGCCCAAGCGUUCCAGAGAGCGGGGCGGCUCUUCAGGCCUCUCGGGCGAGGAGGGCCUCUCACUGGGCAGCCCCGGGGAGGCUGACCAGUGUGCACGGGACCUCGAAAGCCAGCAACUCGCCAUGUACGACAUCAUCCUGACCAUCUCCCAGGCGCACCACGCCCACUGCGCCUACACGGAGGAAAAGACGCGCGCCCUUGUGCGCAGGCCAGCAAUCUUCAGCCUGGAAGAGGUUGGGGGCAGUGGCGAGGGCCCCGGCAGUGCGCCGCAGCCGGACAGCCCCGAGCAGAGCAAACUGGGCCUGUGGCAGCAGUUUGCCACCCUGGUGACCCCCUCGGUCCAGAGGGUGGUUGAAUUUGCCAAGCGGGUGCCAGGAUUCCUUGAUCUCGUCCAAGAUGACCAGCUCAUUCUCAUCAAGGCCGGCUUCUUUGAAGUGUGGCUGGUGCAUGUAUCUCGAGGAGUGCUGGUUGGCCUCCCGCACGACACGCUCACCUUCAGCGAUGGCACCUACCUCAUUCGGCAGCAGCUCGAGCUUAUGUUUGAUCACGACUUUGUAUCAGCAAUGUUCAACUUCUUUGUGGCGUUCAACAACCUUCAGCUGAAUGACACGGAGAUCGGCCUCUUCUCGGCCGUUGUGCUACUCACAAAUGAGCGCAGCGGGCUGUACGACAGCAAGGCCAUUGACAUGGGCCAGAGUCGGCUGUGCGAGGCGCUGCGGCUGCAGGCGGGCCGCAACCACCCGGGGGACCCGGGGCUCCCUGGGCGGGCGUUGGCCUUGCUGGGGCCCCUGCGUGCCCUGGGGCUGGCACACGCCCGGCACCUGGCUUGGCUGCGCCCGCACUGGCAUGCCUUGCGCCUGCCGCCACUCUUUGCGGAGAUCUUUGACAUCCCCGCUGCACAGCCGCAGACGCCACAGCAGCAGCAACCGCAGCAGCAGCAGGCAACAGAGGACUCUGCUGUGGCAGGGACAGCUGCUUCUUGAAGGCUGCUCUCAGGUAGCCCAUCUCAACAGGGCCGUCAGUCCUCACCAAUGUCUUGAGUGGUGUGGAUCCGGACAGAUCCCGUGAAGCAUCGGCAGACUCCUGCGAGAAUCUCAUUGUGGGACCUUUUCUGUCCAUCAUCAGUAAUUUAUUUCUUCAUGUCGUGGCCACGGCACAAACGACAAGCCCGCAACCUUUUUGCGCCGCCUCGAACUGUGCUGUCCUGAGGACCUUCCUGGAACGAUCGCCUUUCAUGGACGUCUCGUAGGCAUUCCUGUUCUGGGGCAGACCACAUGGGUGUGAUAGCACGGAAAUGCUAUGGCUGUUUGGGAUCUUUAGAUAAAUUGUACGUGGGCGAAAACGCGAGGCAAGGUCUGUGUAAACAACCUUGGUGAGCAAGUUUUACUAAACAUGUCUUGGGUAUAGGGAGUCCUAUGAUGCCAGCUCCUACAAUGGAGUGUUAACACAUAACCACACAGGACGCCACGCAUGAGAAGAAUGAACAUGCUCAUCUUGAUGCAAGUGUUCAAUUAGGUUGAAACAUGACAGUCCCGGUUGUACAGAGCUUGCCCAACGUUCAAAGAUUACCAAGUCCACUGCGGCAUUUAACAGCAAAGCUUGAAAUGGCCUACUCGGUGCAUGAUCAUUCUAGGUUUCACUGUAAAAUAUGCGAUAUAGCUACACUCAGUCAGCAAGAACAACUCCGGUGAAAACAGACAGGCUUUUCUUGUUAAGUAGAGUUUUACAACUGGCCUGCCUUCAUUUUAGUGUCCUAGUUGGGUGCAUUCAUUGAGGUCUGCGUGUGAGAAAGCAUAGUAUCAGCCCAAGGUGUGUACUUGAAAUAUGAAAAAGCAAGGUGAUUUGGUGUGCGUUCAAACUGUGCUUGUAAUGUAUAUAGUGUACAAUAUUUUAGGCAGCAUCAGCUCUCCAUAUUAUUUGACUGUCCAUAGCAUGGCUCCACUAUCGUCCGUUAAUUUAAGUAUCUUGUCAUGCAAAAUGUAGUAGGUUAUGUUUAGUUAGAGUGCCAAUUAGGCCUGCAUGGUCAGUACUGUGAAGUUGUCAAGUAAGUUUUCUUUAUAGUAGCCGACAAAUUCUUUUAUGCUCUUUUCUGAAAUAUUUCGGAACCAAUUAUUGGGGGGAAAAGACACAUAGGGUAAAUAUGGUUAUCAUUCAUUAUGAAUUGCCGUUUUCACUUCAAGAUUUGAUCAAGGCCGGCCGUAAAUUGCCAUAUUGGCAGGAGAUAAUGCGUCUUUGGCAUAUCUAGCACCAACAAGAUUAGUACGGCAGCUAUAGGUAUAGGGUGUGUUUGUGCAGGCCAGCCAAGUUCAAAUUAUCUGGCGAGGGACAAUUUCAGGAUCAAAUUAAUGAACGUUUCGGCCCACAGAAAUGUACGAGUACCAGACAGGGCUUUUGGUUGAGAUCAAAUUAACCGAAAAAUUGCAGUUUUGCCCAUAUUAUAAAUCAAUUAAUGUGACAGCUGGCACAACAUUAUGCAUAGCAAGUCUUGCACUGGUUUGUCUGGCACCAGUUGGAGUAAGCAUUUGCAGAUAUGCACGUUGAUUUAGCUGACAGACUGAAAUGUGAUAAGAUUAGUUUUCCAUCAGUUAGUUAUUCUAGAGUGCUCUGUUUUUCAGCAAUCUGAGAUUUCCACUGUGUCUAAAAAAAUUGGUCAGUGUCCGUAGUACUUGGCAAAAGAUCAUCUGGUAGCUCUUCUAGCGUCGCAGAUAAGUGUGUCGUGUGUAUUUUUGUGUAGCUGUAAUAGGUUAAGCUGGUGUUGUGUGUAUGGAAUACCAGGAGUGACUGAUGGCAUAUGUAAAAUAGGGUAUACACGUUCGUGAACAUUCAUGGUUUACCUUCUGAGCCUCCUCCUUUCUUUUAUAUAAUUUGUCUUAAUGUUCCAUGGUUGCAUUCAAGCUGGACCAUAAGUGAACAAAACAAAUCACCAUCUACUCCCUAUAUGUGCAUCAGUUCACCACCAGCAUUGCCUGCACAUUUUGCGCUUGUCUCUCUCCUUAGAACCUAUGCAUGAAGUCAUUUUCUAUACAUCAUGGUCAUUGAAGCACGUCAGGAACAUCAUUUUGGUAGCAGUGGGGUCAUCAGUCUUAUUAUGAACCUGUUCCAUUUCACUGCCAAUAAAUCUUCAAAAGGCCUUUGCAGGUUCAGCUGAUGGCGAGGCAAUUCCCUGUUUGCCUUAAAAACUGCUAGGAAUGUGGCGAUGUUACUCUGAUGCAAAAGGAGAACAGCAUUUCAAAUAGGUGGCGAGUGUAACAGCCACAUUUGCACUUUUCCAUAGUUUUAGAAACCCGUGUGCAAGCUUGCAAAGUUUGAGAAAGAGAGAGGUGACUUUACUAUCUGCGCUCAGAAUAUUUAUACAACAGAGCACUAUGAGACAGGUCACAAGCAUAAUCACUAUGCCGUAACACAACCAUUAAAAACAAAAAAUAUAGUCAUUUUUAUUUUGUUUUUAAAGUAGCAGAUGCACAGGAGUGUACAUUAUUGUGCAAAUGAUUUUCUGUACACCUGUGUGCACAAGGCGGUUGUUCCUUCUUAAAAGGUGCUUGCUUUACCCCUUUUUCCCCGAGUGGUGCUUUCUCUUGUCUUUUCUUCCAUCCGUCUGCCCCAGAACAGGAUGCUAGUGCUUAACGCAUCAUGGUGUGCCAGUGCUCAGACUACUGCUGUGUUCUCCAGAGUAUCCAGUGUCGCUGCUGAACAUGCAUUUUUGGAGGCAGCCGCAGUGCAGAGCAGAGCACCACCUUUUGAACUGUGCAGAGGAGGCCACCCAUUUUGCCAUGCAAGCACAUGCAAAUGCGAUGCUUGCUUGGAACACCUAUCAGCUGCCUCUUCUUGAGCUCUGCAAGUGAGUGUGGCACUCAACAGGGCAACUAUGUCUGCUGCCACUGUCCCUCCAGGAGCUGGGCUCAAGUAAUGGUGGCGGCGGAGGCUGGCGACAUCUUCGAAAACUAUGACAAUGAUGUCCUCCCUCAUUUGGUGUCCCGUGGAGACUUGCCCCAUUUGUUGAUCAGUGAGUGUGUGUGUGUGUGUUGCGUGCGUGAAGUUGUGGUUCACUGCCAAGGUCUUGCCCAGCCUUCAUUCUAAUGCAUACUACAGUUGCUCACUGUUCUUGUGGUUCAUUGUUACCCGAGCCUGAUUGAUCGCAACCAUUUUUGCCCUCUUCAAACUCAUCGUCGUAAUCUGCUUUAGGUUGUUGAUUGGCGACGUAAGUUGGGGUGCAAGAUGCUAACUGCCCAAUACUUGUAGCUUUGGCACAAAGCCUGGCAACAGUGGGUUGGCUUGUACACUGAGGUGUACAUCCUUGUGUUUUAACAAUGCCACGCAAACAUUGGCCAGCAAGUAAGUCAGUGCAUAGCAGAAUAGCAGAAUUGAUCAGCCUUAUCACUGUAGAAAUUCUUGUCUUUCAAUUUGUACGACUUCUCGUCCAUUGGCACCAAGUAGCCAACCCUAACGAUAAUGGCUGUUUGGCAGCAUGCAAUCCCUGGAAAAUGACAGAAGGAAUGACAGUGGAGUUGCUUCUAGACAUGGCACCAGGGCAACCUAUAUGUGCAAGAAUAUAGCUGCUUUUAUAAACAUUCAUUAACUUUCUGAAACUAUGCUGGCAAAAUGGGCAACGUUUGGCGUUUCAUGCCAUUUGGAUGUGGUGCCUGCAUCGAGCUCCUAUUCUUUCCUUAUUUGCAUGAAGUACACUGAUAAAAAGGGUGAAAAAAUAACAAUUAAUUUAGAACAGAACAAACCAUGAACAAAAAAAAUUUGUUAGAUUGGUUAGUUAUGUUGCACCUGUUACAGCAUAACAGUUGUGCAUAAAGGACACAGACACAAGAAAGAAUGAUGUCCCAUCGUUCUUUCUUGUGUCCAUGUUCUUUUUGCACAACCCUGUGCAUACUUGCAGUGCAAGAAGUUUGCUGCACAUAAUUGCAAGAAGUUCAUUGCAGCUCCUUCUCGCAGAGUGGCUUACUAGGUGAUGCUUGUGCCACCCGAGAUUUAUGAGUAUGCACUAACUUGGCCACCUUUAAACAGCACUACCAUGCUGACUUGCUUAGCUAUCAAUGCUCAAGCAACAUUGUUAAAAGGAUUUGAAAGAUGUACACCCGUACUGGUGUGCAAGCUACCCUCUGUGAAAGUGGGAACUCAUUAUAUGCACUGUCCACCAAUGUUCACUUUGCCAGCCACAGUUUGUUUUGCGUGGCACCACGUAUGCAUAGGCAGCUAAGAGUUGUGGUGGUUGGUGGCGCAACAUUCCAGUGGCUUAAAUAAUUUGUCAAUUACAAUACUGCCAGACGAAUUUGUGGCCUUAUUUUCCGCAUGAGCUUUUGCGUACUUGGAGCUACAGCACUUUUUCAUCCAUGGCAAUGUAGCUUUGGUCCUCUUUGUUUUCAUGAAUUGUUAGUACCCGAGUGCAGUUCACCCGGUGCUUAUAGGAGUACUUCAUAUGCCUGCAGAAAAAGCAUGACAUUUCCCCCAGAGUUCUUGCGUUCCUUUUGUUCCGUCAUGGAGUUUAUGUGUAAAUGCUCAAGUUACUACAAGCCUUUGUAGCUGCUUGAUAUGCCACAGUCACUGGCAGUAACCAUUUUCUAUAUUCAUGCUGGUAUAUGUGUAUUAGAUACAAGGAUAUAGUCUUUUGACAGAGCAGUGAAAGUGAUUUUAUAGAAGCUGUUUUGAAGUUGCUGUUUGAAUGUGUUGGUGGCAAGUGUGGAGGCAGUCAUGCCAUACAAGAUUGAUAACAUCUACAUUAAGGUUGUUGGGCGGGCAUUGGUUUUUCACUCACAAAUCAGCCUUUGCACACAUUGCUAUGUAAUCAUGCAAUCCACAUAACAAUCAAAAUUAAAAAGUUCCUUUUUUUCCCCCUCUUUUGUAGUCCGUAGACAGUUCGGUGGUCGGCUUCCUUAAACACAGUCGUGUACAUUACGAGAUAUCCCUGUGAAUCAAACUUUAUACACUUGAGGUAAAGUAAAAGCAGAUUUUUUGUUCAUAGCAGAAUUCUGCACUUCGUAUUGCACUUGUUGUACAGAGCCUAAAAAGCAAAUGUUGAUUGCCCACUGGAAAUGUGCUUUUGCAACAUGCUUUUGCAACAUACUUCAAAUGCACCCAUUGGAAGCAUAAGAGUAUGUUAUCCUGUCGUUAACUUUCCCUUGUGCGGCUCCCUUGUGCAGUAGUUUUGUACAUUUUUAGUGUUUUACACUUCAGCUAGGGCAGGUUUUAUGCUGUAAAAAAAAAGGAGAAAAAGGUGUUGUAAGCGACAGCUUUUAGGAUACAAUUGUUUUAUUUUUUGCUUUGAACCUUCUGCAUACUGUACUGCAGACAAAUCCGACUUCUUGUAUGCGGAGACCAUCUUGCAAAGCUGUAGGUAGCCGUUGUUCGUCACCUUGAGUGUGUCGCUGUAAUUUUCAAGGGUCUGUACCUGUUUCGUCCAGAGGCGUGAUUGUUGGUCGAGAGCCCUUCCACGUGUUAGAGCACUGUUAAUACUUGAAUGUUUGUUCUUUAUAUUAAAAACAAAACAGACUUGCCCAUAUUGUGGAGGCAAGUGGUGCAGGUGAUGUGUUAUACAUGAGCAGUCAAGUGAGCAGUAUGUCUUGCACGUCUCAUAACUGUUGCAAGUGUACUUGUUGUUCUGUGUAUAGUUUAGGGCUUUUAUUUUCCCCCCCUACUUGGCCCACAGUUCUUUUCUCCGUUUUGAGAAGGCGUCCCCACACAGCUCAGGUGAAAUCUGCACCAAUGCAAAGCAUUUAGAAUCUCGUUUAGGCAGCUUGGCAGGAAAGUGGUUUGCAGCACAAGGCAUGCUCAGUGCCGACUUCACAAAAGAGGAAAUGCAAAUAAGAUGCAAAAGGAAUAGAUAUAUGCUCGGCGCUUGGCUGCGGGGCAAGUACUCCAUUACUACAAGGACUGGCCGAUUCAUCAGUUACAACUGAUUUCCCACAUGUCACUUGCAGUUAAUUGUAUACUUUAUUAUAGGUGCCUGUAAAGAACCCCAAAUUGUCAAAAUCAUUUUAAAAUCUACUGUACCAUCUCUCGUAACCCAAGUGUUCCUUUCGGUCAAUUCUUUUAAGCGGUUAGUCACUGUAGUAAGCUUGCAGAUAUGCUCGCAUGAAAAUGGCUUUCCAAAUGUACAUCCACAGGUCAGCUUUUUGCAACUUCACCACAGGUUCGGUGUCAAAGAGGCAAGUCAACUUUAAGGCAUCUCGCAGAGAGCAGGUUGUCUCAAGUCUAUAAAAUUUUGUUGAUUCAAGGUAUGUCUGGGCCAUAGUAAUAGCACUCGAUGUGAAUGGAACAGGCUGCUGCUCUAAGCGGAUGCUGAGCAUGCUCUAUUGCUUGUGCCUUGUCUCAAGUUUAUCUUUCACCAAGCCAAUGCCUGUGGUACUACUGGAGUGCCACUCCUUUGCUUAGUUGUUCUUGACCAAGAGGACAAGUCCCAGCUGGUGAUCAUGCUCACAUUCCUUUGACCCGUCUUUAAAAAGCUUCAUACAGUCUGUAAAAUAAAUUGUAUGUAGAACUUGCUUGGUCCAUUCACUAUCAGCUUGUGCUUACUUUGCAGCGCAAUGGUGUUCCAAGGCAGCCGUCUGUUGAUUGGCAUAUCGACAGGUUUUUUUUAUUUUGGGUUGCUUUAGUGGCAGCUGAGUCACCAUAUCUCGUCCUUCUUGGCCAGUGGCAGUUAUGCAAGCUGCUGGCCGAUGGGGCUCUAUCAAGAUGUGCAUAACUGGCACAUUUUUCAUGUCUGUGUAGUGUAUUUCAAACUAUUUUUUUUCUUUAGUUUGUUCUACACCCCAACCGGUGAGUAGGCACCAGUGAGGAGACAUACAGUGGCACAACCCAAAAUAUUAUCACUGCCAGAAUCAUUGUACUGGGAAUGUGGCACAAUACAUUUUGCUCACCUCCUCGUCUUUGUUUUCAUUGUGGAAACAGUGUCAACAGGUUCUCUGUACUAGUUGUUACAAAAUAAAGGAAUGUCUAUUCAACCCUGUCCACAAA